GCGACGUCACUGGGGUGUAACAUUCCCGAGGGGAGUUCACCGGAGUGGUAUAAAAACACGGGACACUGAGUACACAGUAGAAAUGACCGGAGUGUAGUCUUAUCUGAAUUGUAUUGGAUCCAUUAUUCAUGGGCUGAGAUUUAUGAUUAACAUCCAGUGAUUUGUGAAACUUGCGCGGGUUUGCCUGAAGGGCACGGCUUUACUGAAGUCGGGCAGUGUUGGUACUGGACAUGUAGAGGGCUUCACACUGGAGCUGUCUGUGUGACAACAUUGGGCUGACAUCGAGAACCGAGACAUUCAUAGCAUCUGGAGGAAAGCCGUCUUCACUCACGAAAGCGUCCGUCAUUCCGCGCUGAACAAGAACACGGCACUUGCUUCACUUCAAGAUGUCUUACAUUUUAAUAGCAUUUAUACUCUAUAGCCAGAUUGAAAAUAUAACUGCAGCGGGCUCGCCUGACCUCCUAAGUCCUAUACUUAGCAUAAGAGCUAAGCAAUAUGUCAUUAGCAUUAACCAGACACUACAUGUGACAUGCAGGGGAUCAUCACAUGUGUCAUGGUCCUGGCCAAAUCAUGUAAUUAAUGGAGAUGAAAGACUGAGUAUAAUUAAUUUUAACAGUGGGGUCGGAAAUAGACCUUUCUGGAGUAACCUGACUUUAAGCAAAACUCAGGCUAAAGACACAGGAUACUAUUACUGCAAUAGCUCAUCAUCAAAUGCUCGACAAAGAAAGACUGCACUCUAUAUAUUUGUUAAAGACAAACACAGUCCCUUUGUUGAACAACACACAGAUGUUCCCAAAGUCGUGUACAUGACAGAAGGAAAGACGCUAAUUAUACCAUGCAGGGUCACAGCCCCAGAUCUCACCGUCACUUUGAAAACAAAUUCUGAGCCCUUUACUGUUGAUGGAAAGGAACUUAUAUGGGACAGCAAACAAGGCUUUGUUAUUCCCAAACCCAUGUUCAAACAUAUUGGUCUGCUGACAUGUGAAACCAGUGUGAAUGGCAAGACGUUUCGUUCUAUUUAUUUAACACAUAGACAGGUCAAUAGCAUCAAGAAUGUACAGCUCAAUGUGACCAAUCCAGUCAAGAUGCUGAGUGGAAAAACACUUGUAAUCAAGUGCACAGUGACAGCAAAACUGAAUUCAAGAGUUGAAAUUGUUUGGGAUUUCCCUGGCAAAGAAAGUAGAAAUGCAUCUAUAACCACUAGAAUUGACCAGACAGACCCUAGAAUAAAUACUUUUUACAGCAUAUUUGUUAUAGACAAUGUUCUUACAUUUGAUAAGGGAAACUACAUAUGUCAAGUGAAAAGUGGGGACACUAUGAAAAAAAGGAAAGCAACGGUCAAUGUUUAUGCAAAACCAUUUAUUAAUGCCAGAUGCCGGAAAUCAUGCAUUGCGGACGUUCUUGCUGGGCAGGGAGCUUAUCGUUUUCCAGUAAAAGUCAAAGCAUUUCCACCACCAGAGGUUUUAUGGUUAAAGAAUGGACAACCUAUUGCUGAAAGAUCUACUCGCUAUAAGAUCACUGGCUAUGUACUGACUAUAAGAGACAUUUCAGAAGAGGAUACUGGGAGUUAUAGUAUUAUACUAGAGCUCAAACAGUGGAACCUUUACAAGAAUAUCACAUUCUCUCUUAAUGUAAAUGUAAAACCACAUAUAUGUGAAAAGGCAGUGUCCAAUCAGAACUUUGAUCUCUUCCAAUUGGGCAGCAAACAGACUCUAUCAUGCACUGCCUAUGGCAUCCCUAUUCCUAGAUUUCUAUGGGGAUGGCAACCUUGUGCCCAAAGUAGUUCAAAAGCACAAUGUAAAACACCAUGGGCUGAAAGCAACAUUGUUUUCCUGGAUGCAUUUGGCAGCAACGUGACUGGAAAUAAGAUUCAUGGUAUCAGUGAAAGAACAGAAUUACUGGAUGGAAAAUAUAAGACUGUUAGCAUUCUGGUGGUGGCUGAAGCUAAUAUUUCUGGAAUUUAUCACUGCUUAGCUGAAAACAAAGUAGGAAAAGAUGAAAGAAGUAUUAACUUUUUUAUUACAGAUAUACCAAAUGAAUUUGGAUUUGAGAUUGGAGUGGAACAUGAUGCAAUGCCUACUGAAGGUGAUGACCUGAUUCUAUUCUGCCGAGCCAAUAAGUUUUUAUACUCUAACAUUACCUGCCGUCUUCUGAGCAGGGACAAUCAUACAGUGCAUCACCUCAGCAUGAAUGCGAUAAACACCAAAGAAUAUUCAAUAGCUUUGAACUUUACAAUCAAAAGUGUGUCUCUGGAUCAAUCUGGAACUUAUGAAUGCACAGCCGAAAACAUUAUCACACAGGAAGAAACAAUUCAGAGGCAGAGGAUUUAUAUUAGAGCUCAGGAAGUCCCAUAUCUGUUGCGCAACCUAAGUAACCAAGAGGUGAAUGUCAGUAGUUCAAUUACUUUGGAGUGCCACGUAGAGGGAAGACCAAUGCCACAAAUUAUAUGGUACAAAAACAACCGGAGGUUACUUGUGGAAUCAGGUAUUACCCUGGGACCAGGAAGCAAAACCUUAAUUAUUGAAAGAGUCAAAGAAGAGGAUGAAGGUUUAUAUCAGUGCCAUGCCACAAACAGGAAAGGGUUUGUGGAGACUUCUGCUUACAUCACUGUUCGAGGACCGACAGAGAAUUCGAACCUGGAGCUGAUCACACUGACAUGUACCUGUGUAGCUGCUGCACUCUUCUGGCUGCUUCUAACUCUCUUCAUUCGUAAACUCAAAAAGCCGCGAUCAGCAGAAAUAAAAACGGAUUACCUGUCAAUCAUGAUGGACCCAGAUGAAGUACCACUCGAUGAGCAAUGUGAACACCUUCCUUAUGAUGAUAAUAAAUGGGAGUUUCCUCGAGACAGGCUGAAACUAGGUAAAACUCUUGGUCGUGGGGCUUUUGGGAAGGUUGUGGAAGCUUCUGCUUUUGGUAUUCAUAAAUCAUCCACGUGCAAGACUGUUGCUAUUAAAAUGCUGAAAGAGGGGGCAACAGCCAGUGAAUACAAAGCUUUAAUGUCAGAACUAAAGAUCUUGAUUCAUAUCGGACAUCAUUUGAAUGUGGUGAAUUUGUUGGGAGCAUGCACCAGACAUGGAGGUCCUUUGAUGGUAAUUGUUGAAUACUGUAAAUAUGGCAAUCUCUCCAACUACCUGAAGAGCAAGAGAAAUAACUUUGCCCUGCACAAGGAAACUAAACUGCAGGCUGACCCCAUUCAAGAAAGGACUGCCAUGGAGGGUAAAAAGAACAGGCUGGCUAGCAUCACAAGCUCUGAGAGCUCCACCAGCUCUGGGUUUGAUGAAGACAAAACCCUAACUGAUGUUGAAGAGGAAGAGGAGGAUGCUGAUGAGUUGUACAUAGGGCCAAUUACCAUGGAGGACCUGAUCAGUUACAGUUUCCAAGUGGCCCGAGGCAUGGAAUUCCUGGCAUCAAGAAAGUGCAUCCAUCGAGACCUGGCAGCAAGAAAUGUCCUUUUAUCUGAGAACAAUGUAGUUAAGAUUUGUGACUUCGGACUUGCACGAGAUAUUUACAAAGAUCCCGAUUAUGUACGAAAAGGAGAUGCAAGGCUCCCUCUGAAAUGGAUGGCCCCUGAAUCCAUAUUUGACAAAAUCUACAAUACUCAGAGUGAUGUCUGGUCUUAUGGAGUUUUGUUAUGGGAAAUAUUUUCCUUAGGAGCAUCACCAUACCCAGGAGUUCAAAUUGAUGAGGACUUUUGCAGACGACUAAGGGAGGGCACAAGGAUGCGAGCUCCUGAAUAUUCAACUCCAGAAAUUUAUCAAACAUUACUUGACUGCUGGCAUGUUGAUCCCAAAGAACGCCCGACUUUCACAGAGCUUGUGCAAAGGCUUGGAGAUUUAUUACAAGCAAAUGCCCAACAGGAUGGAAAAGACUACAUCCCACUGAGUACCAAACUGGUAACAAAUAGCUUUCAUUUUUUGAUCCCAACAUCACCAGAUUCCUGCUUGGGAGAUGAAAUGGAGAAUUCAAAAUUUAAUUAUGAACAUACAGGAAGCUUUGGAUAUAUUAACACUGGUAUGAAGAAACAAGCACAGAAUGUAAAGACCUUUGAAGAGUUACCACUUCAGCUUACAACAUUAACAGAUGAUUAUCAGACUGAUAGUGGAAUGGUGUUAACAUCAGAAGAAUUGGAUCAUCCAAUGUGGGCAGAUAUCAAACCAAGGCAUUUGUAUUCUUUUGGCUUGAAAGCAGCAAGGAAGAGUGAAGAGUCAGUUUUUACUGAAACUAUCAAUCAGACAAGCACUAACAGUACUAAUUACCAACUGGGAGAUGACAGCAAUCAAAUGCCUGACCAUGAGAGUUUGAGCUUGCUUGAUUCCUUCGAGACAAAAAUGAGUCGCUGUACACCUCCACCAGACUACAAUUCACUAACUUUUUAUACUUCACCACCAGUUUAAAGAAUGGUCAUUUCAUCGAUGUGGCUGCAUAGAAAAUCUGCCCAUUCAUGCCCAUUGUAACACAUCUUGAAGGAACCAUUCUACUUAUUCUGCUUAUUGCCUUGACCAAUAUUAGAACAUAAUGCGCUACUCACUCACAGACAUCAGAUGUUAAACAUACCCAAAUGCUGAUGUGCAGACAGCAAUGGCUCACUUUUCAUGGUCAGUGGUGGAAGAACAGAACUUUUAAAUGACCACAAGGAAAGCUUGCCCUAGAAGAUGUAGCAAUCUCUGCACCAUGUGUUUUCCAUUUCCUGAAGCCAGUUUAAAUCUGACAUCAUAUCAAGCAGACCUUUAGGCAUCCAAUGACAGAGAUGGCAUCACACGAGAUAAAUUUGCAUCUAUAAUCUUUUAUCAUUGCCACAUCUUGUAGAGAUCAAUGCAAAUGAUUAGAUUAUAUCCCAUAUUAUAUAUGUGUGGAAUAUUGGGGUAUGGUAGCAUGGUGGGUACAUUCCAGGGCUAGUACUCCAGAGGCCUGAACUGAUGAUAUGAAGAUGAGGUCAAAUCCUCGAUUCUUAAUAUCAAAUAAAAAGCUAGUGUUAAUAUUGGUGACCAUGCGACUACCAGAUAUAAAAACAAUUAACUACAAAUCACUACAACUAAUUACUGUAAUUCGAUUCACUCUGUGUGAUAUCAAGAAACAGCUGGAGACAGUGGAUUCUUUAAACACUAUGGGACCUGACAACAUUCCAGCAAUAGUAAUGAAGACAUGCUCCAGAACUUAUUGCCCCUCUAGCCAAGCUGUUCCAGUGCAGCUACAGUACUGGCAUCUCCCCAGCAAUGUGAAAAAUGGCCCUAGGUAUGUACUAUACACCAAAAAAAUGACAAAACAAAACAUGCCAAUUAUCAUCCCGCAGUCUACUGUCAAUCAUCAGUAAAAUGAUGGCUGAUGUCAGUGCCCAGUUUGGAUUCCACCAGACCACUCAGCUCCUAACCUUAUUGGUUCAAACAAGGACAAAAGUGCUGAAUUAUAGAGAUGGUGAGAGUUACCACCUUUAACAUCAAGGCUGCAUUUGGAGAGCAAUCAUCCUCUUCCCAGGACAUCUCUGCAGGAGUUCCUCAGGUAAUGUCCUAGACAUCACCAUUUCAGCUGUUACAUCAGUGACCUUCCCUCCAAUGAUUGUACAGUGUUCAGCACCAUUCACGACUCCUCUGAAACUGAAGCAGUCCAUAUGUAAAUUCAGCAAAACCCAGACAAUAUGAAGGGUUGAGCUGAAAAGUGACAAAUAUCAUUGUCCUACAAGGUCCACUGCACUGAUUCACAAAGGGUCCUUAGACAGCAUCUUCAUAAACAACCAUAUCUAUUUAAAAGGGCAAGAGCAGCAAAUACAUGGGAACACCCCACCUGCAAGUUCCCCUCCAAGCUACUCACUAUGCUGACUUGGAAAUAUAUCACUGCUCAUUCUGUGUCAUUGGGUCAAAAUCCUAGAACUCUUUCCCUAACCUCAUUGUGGGUCCAUAUACAGGCAUCGCCUAUAGCAGUUCAAGAAUGCAGCUUAUCAUCACCUUCUCAAGAGCAGCUAAGGAUGGGCAAUAAAUACUGACUCAGCCAGUGAUACUCACAUCUCAUGAAUGAUGAAAUAAGAGUGCAUAUUAUCAAUAUAAAAUCUGCUGCCCUUACCUAGUCUGCUUUAUAUGCGACUCCAGACCCCUAGAAAAAAGCUGACUGUCUUCUGAAAUAGCCCAAUAAGUCAUUCUGUUGCAUGCGAGAUAAGGACUCACCAUCACCUUCUCAAACAUAAUUAUUGAUUGACAAUAUAGCACAGCCUCAAUUAAAAAUGUAUAAGGUGAAAUAUCAUCGAUAUAUAUUUUGAAAUGUGAAGACAUUUUUAUCAUAAGAAUUCCAUAAACAUGAAAAUUAAUUUCCAGUGUCAUUUUUUUCAGAAGUGAACUUAUCACAUCAUUAACGAUCAUUGUGACAUUUCAAUGUUUUUUAUGAUGAAGCUAAUCGCAAAAAAGGCCACGGCCUCAUAAUUUCCAUGACAUCUACAUGAUUGAAGUGAUGUUGACAUUCAGGAGGAACACAGCAGUGUUUGAAUCACUAAGUACAACUUCUAAACUUCUGCAUUUAACUGGAGGUUUGCAGACUCCAGUAGCUGCUGUCAAUUUCAGAUGAGUAAUGGCAACAAUUACUUAUACUUUUGCUGUCCUUGCAAAGUCCAAGCUAAUUUUGGGAAAUAUUGAGAUUGUUAAAUUGGGUGCAGCACUUUGGAAUUUUACUCUUUCCAUGUUGUAGCGUGAACAUGUCAUGGCUAUCUGUUGUACAGCUUUUACAACUACAAUCACAAAUUGUUGGGGUUUCAGCAUUCCUAGCACUGUCAAAAAAAUCAUAUCCAUAAAAGCACCAAAACCUCAUACAAAACUCAAUUUCCUGUUAUUUAAUAUCUAGAUUUUCUGUACUAGGCACUUCUGAAAUAAUAUGAGGCAUCAGUGGUAUGUCAAGGUUAGUUUGGAUCUGAGUACCCUAACAAUUAUAUUUCACCUUCCCUGUCUCAUUUCAAUAUUGUAUCAUCUUCACUAAUAUUCCAGAUAUAUGAUUAAAUGUAAAUGCAGGUUCAUUUUAGUGCAUACAAUAGAUAUUAGUAAAGCUGCUGUCAAUAUAAAGCUCAAUUACUGCUUCCAUGAAUUGUGACUGUUUCAAAAAUCUGUUAGAGCGCUACCUCCCAGAUUUAUUGCAGGAGUAUUGCUUAUUUGAUUAGAUUAGAUUCCCUACACUGUGGAAACAGGCCCUUUGGCCCAACAACCCCACACUGACCCUCCGAAGAGUAACCCACCCCUGCAUUUAACUGGACACUAUGGGCAAUUUAGCAUAGCCAAUCCACUUGACCUGCACAUCUUUGGACUGUGGGAAGAAACUGGAGCACCUGGAGGAAACCCAUGCAGACAUGGGGAGAAUGUGCAAACUCCACACAGACAGUCUGCCCGAGGUUGGAAUCGAAUCUGGGACCCUGGUGCUGUGGGGCAGCACGGCUCACCACUGAGCCACUGUGCCGCCCAGGGCUUUACAACAUUACAAGUCAGCAGCCUGAAAUGCUAUAUGAAUUGAAAGAAAGAAUUUGAACUUACCUUGUGUAAUACAUUGCCCCAGAACAUUCCAAUGAUUUACCUUUGAAGUAUGGUCACUGUUGUAAUGUAGCCAAGUAACUAAAUGACCAGUUAAUCUGGUGUUUAGUUGUGGUGCUGCUUGAGGAAGAACAGUUGGCCAGGACACUAGAUAAACUCUCCAUAUCUUGAAAUAGACCAAUUGGAUCAUUUACAUGCAGCUGAGGAGAUCAAUGACGCCUCUGUUUGAUAUUUUGUCUGAAAAAAAUGCCUGUGAUGAUUCAUGCAGAAUUCCAAGUACUGUUCUGAAUCAGCCUGACUAAGGGUCCAAGAUUUCAGGAUGAAUACACAGUCUCCAAAUUCUAAGAGUGCUAUCACUGAACCAAGUCUAACACUGUAUGACCUUUUAUUUUAACACAGAAACUUUCUUUCUACACGUUUUGCACCUUCUACCUGAAGUUUACAUAGGUAAUAUAGUAUCGAGAUUUUAAAAACCUAUAUGCUAUUCCUUAUCACAAUAUUACACCUCACAAGUGGUCUAAAAUCAGGAAUGGGCAGUUUUAUAUUUUGAUAAAAGCUAUGUAAAUUCUUCAAUAAGAAGUUAUGUCUUAAGAUGUAUGAAUAUGCAACCAUUAAGUUUAGUUAGCAUAAUUCCCCAUGUACAGCACUAUUGUGCUAGAAUGUCAUAGACAGAAAAUUAAUGUAAACUUAUUAAUUGGUAUGCUGUCAUUAACACUGAAGAACUUAAAUCCAUUGAAUGGCAGAAUUU